UGGAAUGCACGUGCUGUUUUAAUAAAAAUCAAAAACGAAUAAAAACUUUAACAUUUAUUUAAGAUAAGCAUACAAUACACAUAUUUAACUGUGCAAUUUUAUAAAAGGCUUAUUUAAAUUCAUAAACAAAUUCUAGAUGAUAAAAAUGUUACCUCGCUCUCUUAAUGUUUAGUUGUCAUAAGCUUUUACUAUUUGAAUCGCCGCUCUUACUUCGCUCUUUUUUUUAACUCCGUAAUAUAACGAUCUCUCUUUUUUGAUUCGAGUAGGUUAUUAAUGAAAAGAAUAUGAGGAUAAUGAAAUAGUUCUUGCAUAGAAGUGAAUGCGUUGGGUCGUAUUAAUUGCAUAGGCUAACACGUAUAUUUUGCAAUAUCACACAAGAUAACAACAUCUGUGCUAAAAAAAUUAUAACUGAAUCGAGGUUGAAAGAAAUGGGAAAAUUAUCGCUGAGUGAUUACGAGGCGGUGAAGAUUCCUGUGCCUUGGGGCUACAUUUCGGGUCGUUGGUAUGGCAAUCGAAAGGAGCGACCUAUACUGGCCAUCCACGGAUGGUUGGACAACCUGGGCACCUUUGACCGACUAAUUCCUCUGCUUCCCGACUACAUUGGAGUACUCUGCAUCGAUUUGCCAGGACAUGGAAGAUCAUCGCACCUUCAACCGGGAAUGUACUACAGUGUCUACGAUUAUGUGUUUAUCAUUCCGCGUGUGAUGAAGGAGUACGGAUGGUCAAAGGUCUCCCUGAUAGGUCACUCAUUGGGCGGUGUCCUCUGCUUCAUUUACACCUCGUUGGCUCCUCACACAGUGGAUAUGGUCGUCUCGCUGGACAUAUUGCUGCCAUUGAGAAAUGAUAUAGAGUAUAUGGAACUGAGCGUUGAGAAGCAACUGCUGGAUGUUGACAGGCAGAAGCUGGGAAACUAUACUGAGCCACCGUCUUACACUCUGCCUCAGUUGGAAAAAGUCAUGGCGUUGGGAACCUUCAAUUCCAUUUCCCCAGAUCUGGCUAAGCAUAUGUUGCACCGCCAGUUGAUCAAAUCGAACCUAUAUCCCGAAAGAUUCUACUUCUCCAGGGAUAUUCGUGUUAAAUACUACCACCUCAUAGAUAUCGAUGAUGGCCUAGGAGCAGAAAUGGCAAGACGGAUUUACAAGAAACCAUUUCUUAUUAUAAAAGGCUCAAGGUCACCAUAUUUGCCACCUCGCAAUAACGAGGCCAUUUCCAUUUUGGCAAAGGAUAACCCACACUUUGAGUUCUACGAAGUGGAGGGCGGAACCCAUCAUCUUCAUCUUCAUGCCGCCGAGGAGGUCGCCAGUUACCUAGUGCCCUUCAUCCAGCAUCAUCGACCUCCUGCCUUGAAUUCCUGGACGAUCACAGGAAACGGGAAAAGUAUAAGCUCAAAGAAAAAGAAAGGAUUCUUAGCAUGGACCAAGAAAAAACCCAGCAAGUUGUGAAACAUGUAAAGUACAAAAUUUAAUCGCUAAUGGUUUAAUCUUUUCGACAUUACUUGUAAAUAUGGCAAGUAAAUCUAUUUUCUUUCAUAUUGCUAAAUAAAACAAUUUCAAAACAUUUAUUUGUUAUGUAAGCACAGUUGUUUAUUAAUUUAAGUUUAAUUUUAAUUUUUAACGGUUGUUGAAGUAUAAUUUUUCUAGUAAAUAAUGUCUAUAAUUGUGUGUCAUAUUCAUGUUUACUUAAAGAACCAUAACAAAAUGUAGUUUUGUAAAUAUUUUAUUUUAAUUGUAAGGCUAGUUAUAAGA